AACUAUAAUAAUGUUCAUAAUAUAGAAUCAUAUUGUAGUCAUAUAAUAAAAGUUGCAUUCAAUUCAAGAAAUAUAGCAAUUGGUUGUGCGUGUAUAUAAUUCUAUAUACCUAACCUAACAAAAUAAGUCUAAACUGAAGUAGCCAGUUAUAUGCAUCACAAAAAAAUUUUUUUAUUUCUUAAGUUAUUUUAACGUAAAUGUAUUUCUUGAAUAUGUUUAACAAUUUUGAUUUAUUAUUAAAAACAAGAAGAUAUUUUAUAAUUUAGCAGGACCUUGAUGAAACUCGUGUAUUAUCAUUUUAGAAAAAGAAGUAUCUAGUAAUUAUUUUUGACAAGUACAAUUGUAUUUAUAAAUAAGUGCAAUGAAUCGUGAAGAGAGAAGUGAAUCAGAAGAAGAACACGAGAAAUCUAGAAGCCCAUCAGUGGAUUCUCAAAGAUCUGUUAAAAGUAGAUCAAAAUCAAAUUCUAUCAGUCCUUCUCCAAGGUCCAAUCAUUCAUCACCUGUACAAGCAAGGUCACCAGCUUCUGUGCUAUCCAAUGCCAACUCUAGAAAAUCAUAUUCUAGAUCACCUUCCCGUUCACCUUAGAAUCGAUCAAUAUCACCUUCCUCUAUUAAAAAUCAGAGAUCAUCAAGAUCUAGUUCGAAAUCUGGUGGGAGAAAAAGUACUUCAAGAUCACCUUCUAGAUCUCCAUCACCAGAAAUAGAUGGGAAAAUUGUUCAAAGUGAAUCACAAUCACCUGGUGGUUCACCAUGUUCAAGAAGAUCACGAUCAAGGUCAAGAAGUUCUUCUUUAGCAGAAUCUAGAAAAAGUUUCAAUUUAGCAUCUCGAGAAAAUUCACGAUCUAGAUCCAGAUCUACUUCAACUAAACGAAGUAAUCCUCCAUCUAAAUGUUCUUCCCCAAAAGUGAAUUCUCGUUCCUGUUCAAGAUCUCCUUCAUCAUUUAAACCACACUCCCGAUCAAAUUCUCACUCUCCUUCUGUAUCACCAAAAGUAAUUGCUAGAUCUCGUUCACGAUCAAAUUCGCAAAAAUCUCCAGAAAUUCUAUCUCGAUCGCCAUCAAACAGUCCAAGUCGAAAAUCACAUAGUAGAUCCAGAUCACCUUUAGAUGAAAAAAUAACACUUUCUUCAUCAUUGGAAGAAAAACAUUCACCAUCACCUAUUAGAAAUUCUCGAUCACAUUCGAGAUCAAAAUCUCAAUCGAUAGAUAGAUCAAGAAGAAAUUCUCCUAAUUUGGACAAUAGUAUACAUUCAAAAUCUCAUUCGAAAUCUCUUUCGAGAUCUCCUGAUGGCAAACAUAAAUCUCGAUCUCGAUCUCGAUCUCGAUCUCGUUCUCGUUCUCGUUCUCGUUCUCGUUCUCGUUCUCAUUCUCGUUCUCGUUCUCGCUCUCGCUCUCGCUCUCGUUCUCGUUCUCGAUCAAAAUCAGUUUCUGGAUCAAGAAAACAAUCACCUAAUAUAUCCCAAAAAGGAUCCUUAUCUAGAUCACCUUCAGCGGAGCAUAAAAUAUUAUGUUCAAGAACACCAUCAAAAUCGAGACAUGCAUCAAAAUCUAGAUCACGUUCAAGAUCUGGUUCAAGAAAAUCAAUUUCAAGAUCAAAAUCAAGAUCUAUAUCUGGAUCGCGUAAAGGAUCACACUCCCCUAAUUCAAGGAAAAGUUCUCGUUCGCGAUCAAGAUCUAGUUCUAGAUCAUCUAAAUCCCGAUCUCGAUCUCGUUCCAGUUCAAAAGUAUCUCGCUCUAGAUCACGUUCCGGAUCGCGAUCAAAAUCGAGAUCAAAAUCAAGAUCGCUUUCAGGUUCGCCAUCUAGAUCACAUUCAAGGUCACGUUCACCAACGCGUUCACGAUCAAGAUCAGUUUCAGUUGCCCGAUCUAGACGUUCAUCACGAUCCAAAUCAAGAUCGAGAUCUCGUUCAGCAUCAAAAUCUAGAAGAUCAAGAAGUCGUAGUGAAGAUUCUGAAGAUGCUAUUAGAAAAAAAAAAAGAGUUCUAUCCGAUUCUGAAGAUGAAGAUGGUGUUAAAGCAACAAAAAAAACAAAACAUGAAAUAACAGAUUCAGAAAAUGAAGUAGAUGAUGAUGUAACAAAAAUGAAAAAAGCUGAAGAUGAACAAGAAGAAGAAGGUGAAGAAACAGAAAACAAACAAUUUCAAGAUGUUACAGCUAAUGAACAACAAGAAAAUGAAGAUUCAGACGAUGGAGUAAUGGUAGAUGGAGGAAUGAGUAGCAGAUAUCUAGAUGAUUCAUUAUCAGAUUUUGAUCGCAUGAUGGCUCGUAAAAAAGAAGAACAAUCACGACGACGCAAAAGAAAGGAUAUUGAUAUAAUUAAUGAUAAUGAUGACAUUAUAGCUCAAUUGUUAUCUGAUAUGAAAUCUGCAUCGGAAGAAGAUAGAAAAUUAAAUCAACAAAACAAACCAGCUACUAAUAAAAUAGCAAUGUUACCAAAAGUAUUAUCACAACUUAAAAAACAUGAUCUUCAGUUGGCUUUUUUGGAACACAAUGUAUUAUCAGUUUUAACUGAUUGGUUGGCACCUAUGCCUGAUCGUUCUUUACCAUCUUUGAAAAUUCGAGAUAGUCUUUUGAAACUUUUGUGGGAAUUUCCACGAAUUGAUCAAGCUUCUUUAAAACAAUCUGGUAUUGGUAAAGCUGUAAUGUAUCUUUAUAAGCAUCCUAAAGAAACUAAAGAAAAUAAAGAACGUGCAGGAAAAUUAAUUAAUGAAUGGGCACGUCCAAUAUUUAAUUUAUCUGCAGAUUUCAAAGCCUUAUCAAAAGAAGAAAGAAUGCAAAGAGAUUUAGAACAGACACCUCAAAAACGAAGAAAAACUGAUGAUGGUAGUUCGUCUCAAAAAUCACAAGAUAUUAAUAAAGCUUUGAAAGGAGACGCUAAACCAUUGAGGCCUGGAGAUCCUGGUUGGGUUGGAAGAGCUAGAGUUCCUAGACCUUCUAAUAAAGAUUAUGUUAUAAGACCAGAUUGGAAAUCUGAUGUCGAUAUUAGUAGGAGUACUAAGAAACAAAUGAAUAGAUUUGAAAGGCACAUGAAAAAUUAUAUAGAUAGUAAACGAAUAAAAGCAACUAGAAGAGCUGUGGAUAUAUCUAUUGAAGGCCGUAAAAUGUCAUUAUGACUUCAAAAUUUUUUAAUUAUUAUAACAAAGGUGAUAUAUCUUGUGUAAUUAUGCACAGAAAUCAAUAAUUCUGAUACUAAAUUGUAACUUAAGAUUAUAAUCGCAUACACAAUUGUGCUUAAUAAAAAUGUUCGAUACAUGUUCACUUUA